AUCUGGUGGUUCCACAUUAAUCUUGUUUUUCACUCUUCACUAAAUUCUCCUCUUCCCGCUUCCCAAUUCCACUACAUCACCCCAUCUCAUCACUCACCUUUCAAAUGUUUCCUCUUUUUAAUUUAAUUAAUUUCUUCGUCUAGGGUUUUCGAAUAGGAUCCUCAAAUACGAUUCGGUUCUCGUCUUCAUUUUUCCCAAUCGAAUUUACGAGUUAGGGUUUUUGGGUCACCGAAAAGCCCUCGAUUCCCGCUAGAAAUUUAGGUUUUCUGGAGCUGGGGUCACAGGGCUAUCCCACUUUGCCAUUCUCGCCUACAAAAAAGAGGUCAACGAAACCUGCUACGAUCGUUAUAAACUGGAGUUAUCAGCACAAUGUUAGAUGUGAAUCGUAGUAGCGGGUUUUAUGUCUUUAGUCGUGUUCUCCACCUUGCUGAAUGGCACCCAUUAGAAUAGCAACGUUGAGUGGGGCCUGAAGCCCUUUUUCCUUCCUCUGAUAUCUGAUUUUUUAAUUUUUAGGCCGAGAUUCAUCAAUAACCUUUAGGGUCCAUGCUUCGGACGUUCAAUAAGACUAUUGCUUUUGCCAAUGCGAUGGGGUGUUGUUGUUGCUUUGGGUUUUUGAGGACAUCGAACCAUCGACGUCAAAGGUCUAAGCCUGCCAUAAACAAUAAUAUCUCCCAGGAGCCUCUGUUGGAUGAUGACAUUGAAGAUGAAGAGGGUGAGCAUUUGUAUAAUGAUGAGGUUACUGACACUAGUGUAAGUGGAGAUGAUAAUGAUAAUGAGGAGCAAACUCGUCCCAAGCGAUCAGAAGAAAUUUUGAACUUGAGAGUAGAGAAUGGCAUGAUUUGUAGGCAGUUUCCCGUUAAGGAGACUCACAAAGUUGUUCGCAUGGAGGAUGAAAAUGGGAACAAGAUGAUAAAUGAGUAUAUACGUGAGUGUAAGAUUGGUUCUGGUAGCUACGGGAAAGUGGCUCUUUAUCGAAGCUCUGUUGAUGGAAAACAUUAUGCAAUUAAGGCCUUUCAUAAAUCUCAUUUACUGAAGCUUCGAGUUGCACCCUCAGAAACUGCCAUGACAGAUGUACUACGUGAGGUUCUCAUAAUGAAAAUGCUGCAACAUCCAAAUAUAGUCAAUCUCAUCGAGGUGAUUGAUGACCCAGAGUCGGAUAACUUCUACAUGGUACUUGAAUAUGUUGAAGGCAAAUGGGUUUGUGAGGGUUCAGGUCCCACUUGUGGCUUAGGUGAAGAGACUGCUAGGAGAUACUUGCGUGAUAUAGUUUGUGGAUUGAUGUAUCUCCAUGCUCAUAAUAUAGUACAUGGGGAUAUUAAACCAGAUAAUCUGUUGAUUACUCGUCAUGGUACAGUAAAGAUAGGGGAUUUCAGUGUCAGCCAGGCUUUUGAGGAUGAUAAUGAUGAGCUUCGUCGAUCACCUGGCACUCCUGUUUUCACUGCACCAGAAUGCAUUAUAGGUCUGACCUAUGGUGGUAAAGCAGCAGACACGUGGGCAGUAGGAGUUACUUUAUACUGUAUGAUAUUGGGCGAAUACCCUUUUCUUGGAGACACACUUCAAGAUACAUAUGACAGAAUAGUCAAUAAUCCUUUAGUACUCCCCAGUGAUAUGAAUCCACAAUUGAAGAGCUUAAUAGAAGGCCUACUUUCCAAAGACCCAAGACAAAGGAUGACUUUGGAUGAUGUUGCGGAAGAUAUCUGGGUUAUUGGAGACCAUGGGCCAAUUUCUGAGUACCUUUGUUGGUGCAAGAGGAAAAGCUUGGGAAUGGAAGACAAUGAGAGCAAUACCUACUAAAAUUUUUUCUAGCUUGCAUCUAUGUACAUUGAAUAGUUGUGAUUUUUUUCUCCGUUAGAUUCUUCGCCGAUUUGGUAUGAUUAUAGAGGCAAUCUUGAAGGAAUCUUAAAAUUUAAGAAUAUAUUGGUCAUGUAGGCAUGAUAAGUAGCAGAGGCAGAAAAAUAUUGGUUAUAUUCUUUUGUGAAAGAAUUUGGUGUCUAGAAGUAGAAACUGAGGCCUUAUGCAUGAAAUGAAUUGAGCUCCAGCUUCUAGGCACGUAUGUUUAUUUUAAACUUGCGCAUUUAUUAUUACGUGGGUUGUUUUGUGUACGGUUUGAUCCAUAUUUACAAAGCUCUA